AUGGAUCUGGCCAACCUUCUCCACGGCGCUGCCCCGGCGCCCAAGUCAUAUAGUGAAACAUAUGGCAAACGUUCCUUGCAAGCUCCGCUCUCGCCUCCAGCAGAGGACCGAUCAAAAUGCGCCUUGCCCUCGAUCUCAUCACUGCUCGAAGGUGCUGAUGGACACCCAGCCAAGCGUCAACGCCUGAGCCCACCACCUGCUUCUAAGCGGGAUACUCGCUAUGACACUAUCUGCCUGCCUCCCACUCCACCACUGCGGCCAGGCUCUGGUCCCAGCUCGCGUCACAGCAGUGUGGUGCAUUCGCCCAUGGAGAUGAACUCGUCUCGACAGACGUCACCACACGCCCAUCGCUCUUCCGUGUCCAGCACCGCCAGCUCCAUCGGUCCGCAAUCGCACCAUGCUCUCCCUCAGGGCUACUCGCAUGGUCCUUACGCUUCUCCUGCCCCCAGCAUCUCAUCUACCUCAUCGCAUUCAUCCUACACCUCUCCCGUCGAGGCUACUCACCAUUCCACAUCACCACUGUACUAUGCGCGCCCACCCCCACCUGCCAUCAACACCAAUGCACCUGCCUCGGUCCCUUCUGCUCAUCAGGCAAGCCCUCCAAAUCCUUCUGGCCUGCUCUCGCCCAUGACUCCUGCCUGGCCUCAUCAACAUCACCACUACUUCCCGCCUUCCAAUGCGGCUCCCUACCAGCAGAACCAUGACCGAUAUAUCUGCCGCACGUGUCACAAGGCCUUCUCCCGGCCCUCCAGUCUGCGCAUUCACUCCCAUUCUCACACCGGUGAGAAGCCCUUCCACUGCACACAUCCCGGCUGUGGAAAGGCCUUUUCCGUGCGCAGCAACAUGAAGCGUCAUGAGCGUGGGUGCCACUCCGGACGCCCUGCUCCUCUUCAAGCAAUGGUCGCAUGA